AUGGACUAUUUGGAAGCCUCUCCUAGAUCAAAAGUAGCUUUCAUAGCUAUAACUAUUUUAUUGUCGUUCCUCACCAUAUACAUGGUUUAUCAAAGACUUUUCCAUCCGCUGGCAAAGUAUCCUGGGCCCCUUCUUGCCUCUCUCAGCAAUGGCUGGAAGGGUUAUUACAUCUACAAGCUAAGCCUACAUGAACAACUUCUCAAUGCGCACAUCAAAUAUGGCCCUGUUAUAAGGGUUGGUCCUAAUGACUUACAUUUCUGGGGUGCGGACGCUAUUUCUCCAAUUUACAAGUCGGGGAGACAGAUGGCUAAGACAGAGUUCUACGAUGGCUUUACUGCAUUUAAGCCAAAUUUGUUUGGCGGCAGGGAUGAAGAUAUACACGCCCUACGCCGACGACAGCUAUCACAUGGAUUCUCGCAAGCUUCCAUAUGGAAGAUGGAGCCAUUGAUUGAAGGCCAGAUGAAGAUACUUAUUGAAAAGUUGGAAAAAUUAGCCCAAAACCAGGAGGUAUUCGAUUUCAAGCACCUAAUCGCAUUUUAUGUAUUUGACAUCCUGGGCGAGGUUGCCUUUGGUCGUUCCUUCAAUACUCAAAUAAGCGAGGUGGCCCCUGAGAUCCCUGCCAUUAGCGACCAUAUCCUUCUAUCAAGUCUCCUCGGCACCUUUCCGUUUCGUUUUUUCUUCAAGAGCAUUAUUCCCAUGCUACCUAUUCCCAGGCUCCGUCAGUUAAUAGAGAGCAGGGGUAAACUUAAGGAGACUUGUGCCGAUUGCGUGAAAACAAGAAGACAACAGGCAUCUACUAACCGUUUGGAUCUAAUGCAACAUCUGUUGGAGGCUAAGGAUCCAGAAACCGGAGCUAAGCUAACAGACCUGGAAAUUAAUUCGGAGGCAAUUGCUGGAUCCCAUUCGACCUCAGGGAGUUUAAGCUUGUUAUUCUGGCACUUGCUUCAUGACGAUCAAGCUUUGAAACGAGUCGAUGAUGAAAUUCGAGAUACUCUUGGCGAUCUUCCCGAUGAUAAGAUUUCAUAUCCCAUCAAGGGUCUUGAGUCUUCACUGAAUUAUACGGGAGUCUGUAUCCAAGAGAGCUUUAGGAUAAGCCCCGUUUUCACCAUGUGCUUAUGGCGACGCGUCCUCAACCCCGGAGGAGUUGAUAUAGAUGGCUAUAAUAUUCCGCAAAAUACGAAUGUAUCUAUUUCGAAUUACGCACUACACCACAAUCCCAAAACCUGGGGAGCGGAUACAGAAGAUUUCUUACCCGAGCGAUUCCUUGAGGCCGGCGGGAAGACGAUGGCGAAUAAUCUCCUCCCAUUCAGUAUCGGCCACCGUAUGUGCAUCGGCAAACAUCUAGCCAUGACGAAUAUUUGGAAGACGCUGACUACAUUGAUCAAUAAGUUCGAUUUUCAUCCUGUAUCCGCAGAACGGCGGGUUGAGAUGGAAAGUUCAGGUAUCGGAGAGAUGAGAGGGCCGUUUCUCUGCACAGUGACAAUGAAGCACUGAGCUAUCGAAAUGAUAGGACACGUUCAACAAGGCUAAAGCAUAUAUGGUUAAAUGGAGCGUGGAUACCUGAGUUUUUGUUAUCCCGCUCCAGGAUAAAACUAAGAGUAACGUGUCGUUAUGAUAUCUACUAUAACAUAAAGAUGCUUUCCAAACUGAGAUUGUUAGUGAAAAGCCCUCCUCUAGUUAUAGUUUUGAUUGGUCUAUUAGCUAUCCAAUACUAG